UCAUUUUCCCCAGAGUGUCAGCAAUGGGACGUUCUCUUCUGAUGAAGAGACCCUCGAGCACAGUCUAAGGUCCUUCAACUAUUCUAUGGGAACCCGGGCAUUUUCCCAUGACAGUAUUUUUAUCCCUGAUGGGGGAGCAGAAAGUGAGCAGACAGUUCAAGCAAUGUCACAGGACCACAUCCUGGGCAAAGUCAAAACUCUUCAGCGACAGUUGGGCAAGAACAUCAAGUUUGGGCAGCCACCACCCAGUGCCAUUCCCAUGAAGAAGGCAGACAGUGGAGAGGCUAGCUUAGAAGAGGACCUGUUCCUGACCAGUCCCAUGGAAAUUGUGACUCAUCAGGACAUCAUCCUCUCAGACACUGAGAACAAAUCUAGUGAUACGACAAGUUCCCUGAGUCCUCUGAAUCUGCCUGGAGCCAGAAGUGAGAUGGAAGAGAAGGUGGCUCCAGCUAAACCGUCUCGGCCAAAAAGGCACUUCUCUUCUGCUGGCACCAUCGAAAGUGUUAACCUAGAUGCCAUCCCCCUGGCCAUCGCUCGCCUGGACAACAGUGCCGCCAAGCACAAACUGUCUGUUAAGCCAAAAAACCAGAGGGUGUCAAAGAAGCACAGGCGACUUGCCGGGGAUCAGCCAGAUGAACAGGGUGGCCUUCUGCAUCAGCUGUCCCUGGACCAGAACGGACACCCUGGAGAAGACAAGCCGAUUUGGCCUGAAGAGGAGCCAGAGCCGCUGGACUCUGAGGAAGAGAAGAGACGCCAAGAAGAAUACUGGCGAGAACUCGAGGCCAAGUGCAAACGACAGAAGGCUGAAGCAGCCGAGAGGAGACGCCUGGAAGAACAGAGGCUCCAGGCCCUGGAGAGGAGGCUUUGGGAAGAGAGCAGAAGGCAAGAGCUCCUGGAGGAACAAGAAGAGGAAGAGGAGGGAGAGCAGAGAGACCUACAGCUAGAGGCAGAAAAGAGGCAGUGUGAAGAGGGGAGGCGGAGACUGCAAGAACAAGGUGGCCAAGGCCAAGAGCAGAGGGAGCAAGAGGAGAGAAGGCACCUGGCAGCCGAAGAGCAGAAGCGUCUGGAGGAAGAGGCUGAGCGACUGGAGAGACUCGCACAGCAGGAGGAGCUGGAGGAGCUGGAGGCGCAGAGGCGGCAGGAGGCGGAGAAGCAGCUGCUGGAGGAAGAGGAGAGGAGACUAGAGGAGCUCAGACAGCAGGAAGAGCUGGAGCAGAGGCGACAGGAGGAAGAGGAUCGGCUGAAGGAGCUUAGAAGGCAGGAAGAGCUGGGGGAACAGAGACAGCGGGAGGAGGAGGCAAAGAGAAGGGAAGAGCUGAGAAAAAAGCAGGAGGAGUUUGAGGUGCAGAAGGAAGCGGGAAAGAAGCCUCAGGAAGCACCGACAGAGGAGAGUGGGCUGGAGCUGGACGACAUACGGGGGCGCGUAAGGAGCCCACUUCAGGCUGACUUUGCAGAGAAACCAGAAAAACCAGAACAAGAACACCUGAAGCCCGAGAAGCAAAGAGAAAACUUUGAGGAACCAAAUGUUUGUGAGAAGCAGAGCCAAGAAGCUGAGCCCUCAGGAGAGCAGCAGGAAAAGCAGGGGGAUUUUCAUGGGGAAGAUCGUUGUGAAGGUCAGGAAAAGGGAGAUGAAAUUAACUUAUCACCUCCCCAGAAACAAGAGGUGCAAGUGGGAGAGAGACUGGCUCCAGUGGAGAAGAAAGAAGCCGCUGCUCCAGAAAAAGACAGAAAGGUGGAGGAACUCAGGUGGCAGGAAGUGGAUGAGAGGCAGACCAUGCCCAGACCCUAUACUUUCCAGGUGUCAUCAGGAGGGAAACAAAUUCUCUUCCCCAAAGUCAACCUGAGCCCAGUGACACCCAUGAAAGAUGCGGGACUUGCCUCUGCUUCCCAUGAGCCAAAGGCCCUCAAAGCCAGCCCGGCCCCUCACGCCCUGCCCUCGUCCCUGAGCAUCCCCCACACGGCCAUCCUGGUCACGGGAGCACAGCUCUGCGGCCCAGCCGUCAACCUGAGCCAGAUCAAGGACACGGCAUGCAAGUCUCUCCUGGGUUUGGCAGAAGAAAAGAAGCACGUGGAUGUUCCCGCCCUGGAUAACUCACCCCGAGCCCCCGUCGAUCCCCGGGCAGGCAGCGGGAAGGCCAGGCCCCCCCAGCAGUCUCCAAGCAGUGUGACUGCACUGGCCGAAUGGGCUUCCAUUCGGUCCAGAAUCCUGAAGAACGCAGAGAGUGACCAGAACAGCAGGAGAGACCAGUCUCAGCCUGGUGAGGAGCACACUCCCAGGGGCCAAUGUGAUUCCCGAGGGAACCUCCGGAAGACCCCACCAGUGAAUGCAAAGUUCUCUAUUAUGCCUGCCUGGCAGAAAUUCUCAGCCGGGAGCACAGAGACCUCCAAACAGAACACAGAAGCUGAAAGCAUUAGAAAAAGAUUUGUGCUGGGAACCAGUGAUGAGAUAGCACCCCCGCCUCUGGCUGCUGAUGAUAAUGAGCACGAGAAGGGCACAGAGAAACUGGGGGUGCACCAGGAGCCGGCGGACACCACUGAGGGAUGCAAAUUUGCCAAAGACCUUCCAUCUUUCCUUGUUCCAAGCCUUCCUUACCCUCCGCAGAAAGCAGUGGCCCAUGCAGAGCCCGUGACCACUUCAGACAGCGAGAUCACCAGUGGUAUGGGAAAGCCAGACCCUGCGAUGCUAGGUAGGGAGGAAAAAGCCUCACCUUUUGGAAUAAAGUUGAGAAGGACCAACUACUCCUUGCGCUUCCACUGUGACCAGCAGACAGAACAGAAAAAGAAGAAAAGGCACAGCAGCAUAGGGGACAGUGCCAAUGGGGGGCCACCUGCACCAGGGAACACACAUGGGGAGAAAGAGACAGAGAGUUUGGCUCUGAAACGUGGCCCAUCCCUCCCCCUGGAGAGGAAGCAAGUCCCGUCCACCUGGAAAGACUCUGCUGAAAGCCCUUCCAUCCACUCUCCUGCAGCCCAGCCUGGGCCCCCACUGGCCAGCAGCCAGACCUCAACUCCAGAGCAUGACAAGGCAGCAAACCGAAUGCCACUGGCGCAGAAGCCAGCCCUGGCACCCAAGCCCACCAGUCAGACCCCACCAUCCUCCCCACUCUGCAAACUGAGCAGGCCCUACCUGGUAGAGCUGCUGGCUCGCAGGCCAGGGAAGCCCGACCCGGAGCCCAGCGAGCCAUGCGGUGGCCCCCAGCCACCCUCUCCACCAUCCCCUGAGGAGAGGAAGGCCCGGAGGAGGGAUGAGGAGGAAGAGAUGGAAACGGAGAGGAAACCCACUUCCCCGGCUCUGUCUGCUGUCCAGCAAGAGAAGCCUCCCCAAACACCCGAGGUUGGGAGGAGAGAAAAGCCGGUGCUUCAGAGCCGACACUCUUUAGAUGGCUCCAAACUUGUGGAGAAAGUCGAAAGUGCACAGCCGCAGCCGCUGUGGGUAACGUUAGCACUGCAAAAGCAGAAGGGGUUUCGGGAGCAGCAAGCCACUCGAGAGGAAAGGAAGCAAGCCAGGGAGACCAAACAGGCAGAAAAGCUCCCCAGGGAGAACGUCAGUGUCAGCCUGCAGCCUGGAAGCAGCAGUGUCAGCCGAGCUGGUUCUCUGCACAAGGUCUCUGCUCAGCCAGAAGAGAAGAAGCCAGAAGAGAAGCCAGAAGAGAAGAAGCCAGAGACAGCAGUGUCCAGGCUUGAGCGCAGAGAACAGCUGAAAAAGGCCAACACUCUUCCUACAUCUGUGACAGUGGAGAUCUCUGAUUCAGCUCCCCCGGCGCCACUGGUGAAAGAAGUCACCAAGAGGUUUUCUACCCCAGACGUUGCCCCCGUGUCAACAGAACCAGCCUGGCUAGCUUUGGCCAAAAGGAAAGCCAAGGCCUGGAGCGACUGUCCACAGAUUAUUAAGUAAAGAGUGACUCUUGUCCAUUCCUGUUGUUGCCAGUUAUUGGCUCCUCUCUUGCCCUUUUUAUUUAUUUAUUAUUUUUUUUAUAUGAGGUAAAGAAACCAAGCUAGGGAAAAGAAGCAUGCUUUCUAGGCUCUAAAAUAAUGUUUAGAAACCAAACUGGUGAUGUUCCUUGUAAAGAAUGUAUUUGCACAACCCUAGGUCCCGGUGCCUUGAGUUCCUCGCAGUUCUAAAGAGAAAAUUCUGUCCGAAGGACCACACGAAGCAAAACCUCCAGACUAAGAGCUCCCCGGGAGAGCCUGCCACACUCAUUCCACAGCCCUUCCACACAUAUACACCCACGCACCAUUCGGAACAUGUACGUUUGCCAAUCCUGUAAUGGUAUUUUUGAAUCUGUACUCCCAGUUUCUUUUUUCUAAAAUAUUUAUCCUGCCGUGUUUGUAGAGUUCUACUUUUUUCUACAAUAAUGGUAAAAGGAUCAUAUAUAGAUAGAAACAAGAAUGCCCAUUCUCCUGAAUCCAGUGAGUAAUUGGGAACUGCGAGGAACAGUCUAGCUCCCAACUUGUGCUCAUGUCUGGUUUUCAUCAGUUUUCCUCAACCUGAAACUGUGACUCAGAAAGCGAAUCCAUUCACAUUUCUACUGCACUGUUGAUCUACAGGCCUCACCAUAGUAGUACUCUCCUUAAGGCCAUGUUAAACGUUUGGCCGAGUUGGCUCCCAGGGGACAUUUUUAUUUAAUAUAGUAAGGAAAGGAAGCCACAAAUUUUCCAUCUGUCUCUAAAUAUCCCCAUCUUGUGCAGUGGUUCUCACGAUGUCCAGGUUCCAUCCCAGGCCUCCUGUGAGGACAGGGCUAUGAAUAUAUGUUCUGGCAAAAAUUCUUCAGAUGAAUUCUGAUAUAUCCCAAAGCCUGAGAACAUUGGGAUACACUGCUUCUACUGUAAUCUAGUUUUUAAAACUCUGAAGGGGAGACAUUUCAUCCAAAGAAGCAAAAGUGAGACGGGAAAAAUAAUAAAACAACCUCCCAAACCAGCCAUUUAGUACAAGACAUAAGAGGCUAUUGACUUUAUAUGUCUCUGAAAAUUCUCUUGUCUUUAGGGAAAGUUAACAGGAAGAUUAGAUUUGGAGGCUUUGUACUAAGGACUUCCUACUGGAAGUUUGCUUCUUUAUCGUAAUCGAGCAAUUCAUAUUUAGAGUCCAAUGUUCAGUAGCACUUAUAAUUUAGAGCAUUCACCUUGCUACCUUUGAAAAACAUCUCAGUUUUAAGUGGCCUUGUUAUUAUACACAUGUGAUACAAAGAAGGGACUUGGCAAUUUAAAAGCCACAUAUAUUCACUAAUUUCCCUAAAUUCUCUUUACAUGAAACAGACAUACAGCAAACCUGCACAUUGCUGGUACUAACUUUAAAUUCCACGGUGUUGGCAUAUUCCCAUUUUCUUAGCUUCUGACUCCAAAAUAUAAGUACAAAUCCUUUGCCCAGUGCAGAGAGAAUUACUUCCUUUUCCCCUUUCCUAUAAAAACACAUUGUAUUAGUAUGCAUCAUUAUUUUCCUUUAUGCUCAUUCAAUAGGCAAUGCGUUGUUAUUCUAUCGUUUACCUUAAAGGAUGACAGUGAAGUUAUUUACCAUGUAGAAGGCAUUUUUUUUCUGGAAAUGGUGGCUCAGCCUCAUGGUAGCAGCUGGCACGUGUGAUCAAGUGGGUAGUUGUACUCUUACAAGUUAGACUCAUUAUAUAUACUGGACUUUCCGACCAUUAAGAAUCAGUGUAACUUUAUUUUUUUUUUUUUAUUGUUAUGGGAAGCAGUUAAUAUUCCACUGCAUGUUUUCCACACUGAUGUUCAUUUCUAAAUCAGAUAUCUAGGCAUUUGUUAAUUUCAAUGAUUUCUUCACUAAUAUACUACUUUUUAAUAGGAAUUUUUCUACCUACAGCCCUGGAAUUAUAGUGCUAUAAUAAUUCUUCUAAAUUGACUUUUUCUUUCAUCUCAGCUUUGGAGAUGUAAUCAUUACUGAGUUGUAUCCCAGUAAUGGCAAAAAAAACAAGCAAAGAAAUCAGAUCAUUAACAAAGAAUGGUAGAUGAAUCCACUCUCUACUGAUUCAUCUACCACCAAGCCCAUACAAAGUAGUAGAAAUACCUCAGUUAAAAAGUCUCCAUCAAAAUCUUUAAAAGGAGAUUAUACUGAGGAAAGCAUAGUCACAGCACUUAUUUCCAACAAUUUCUAAAGGCUAUGUGUUUAAUAUUUCAUGUAAAAAUUACUCCAAAUUUGCACUAAAUACCAAUGAAGUGUUAUUUUGCUUAAGUUAUGUUGCAGUCUUUUCUGAUCCACAAACUAUGGGGGAAAUUCUAUAAAAACAUUAAAAAAUUCAAGACUUUUUUUUUUUAAAUGAAUGAUUGCUAUGUUAAAUACAUAGCUUUUUUUUUUUUUAAACAAACAUACUUCUGGCAAGGUUAUAGAUGAUUAAACUCUGUUCAUAGACAUAUAUAUAUAUAUAUAUAUAUAAAACUAGAGUUUUUUGUUUACUUUUUAAAUUUUUCAAGUGCAAUUGUUUCUUAUAUAUUAAUUACUAUUAAAUUAUCAUUUUAGCAAGUUACCAGCAAAUUGUAGUAUGUAUUUAUGGUCUCUUCUUGUGAUGUUUAGUUUAAUUGCUUAUUUUAAAGCAGAAACAUUAGAGUUACAAGUGUCUUGCAAUAUUUUUACCAACAAUAAAAUUAAGUGAGACAUAACCAUGAAAAUACCAUAGUGUGAUUUUAAUAUUAUUUUGAGAUUUUGGUUGUAUAAAGUUUAAAUGUAUAUGUCCAUUACUGAAGGAAAAAGAUCUUUCAAUAAAAAAUACCCACAAGAUCUUCAGCA